AUGGAGGACGUCGCGGAGCACCGCGUGCACAUGCCGGCAGCCGACGCCGGGAAGCCGCCCAACAGUAAGUCGCCGGAGAAGUGGCUGAACGGCUUCGUUCGAGCCGUGGCGCUGAUGGAGAAGGUGGGCAACGCCCUGGGCACGCUGGCCUUCACCUGGGCAACCGUCGUCCUGCUCGGAGGCUACACCAAGGACCUCGAAGAUGAUUUUUGGUUUGCGACGGCGAUCGUGUUCCUCGAAGCCGCAAGGAUGUUCACCCGCAAAAACAGAAUGGAAUACCGACUGGUCUUCAAUAACAGAGGUGCUUUUAGACCUUUUGGCUCGAAUGGACUGAUUAUGAUGGUAUGCUUUCUCAAUCUUUCGGUGAUCCUCCUGAGGGAAGUCGAACCGACUAUUUUGGUGAUAUCGGGGGUUCUGGCGAUGACAACACUUGUAAUUGGCUGGUUCCUAUCUAGAUCUGGGCUCAAACUACCCAUAUGUCAUCCGCUACGCCGUGCCACAUCGUUAUGGAGCCCUGUGGUUGGAAUCCUAUUGCUAGUUCCCUCUCUAUCAUACCACAGUCGGGGAUACUUGUAUGGUCAUGAUCAACGACAAUACAUAUUCGCCAAAUUCCUGGUGUUCACAUCACUGCUUGCGGCAGUGCUAUUGGUAUCAAUAAGCAGGCUAAGGUUCCCAAGUAUUGUAAAACUAGUGGACAGAUCUCUAGGCAGCAGACAAGUAUUCUGGCGUAGGGUUAUUCUGUACUUCUGCAUGGUCGGUGCGCUCAUAACGCAUUUGUGCAUGCUUGGGCCACACGGGAGGGUUCUUAUCAUCAUAAUCCUAGCGUGUGCCUUAGCGGUGGUGUCAUUUGGCAACUUCCAGGUUCCCGCAGCAGUGCUGCGUGUUGUGCUGGCGCUGUUGCACUUUGAACUGUUUAAAAGCAACACUAUGUACGAUGACAACCUCAAGGCAUCUCUUGCAAUUUUCUAUGGGGUGGUGCUCGGACAAGGAACACUCUACAGUGUGGCUUGCACAGUCGAGUUCUUUUCAUUCAUCCCUCGGAGAUCCCUUGUCCAUUGUGGUGGAUUUAGAGGUCAGUAUGGAGUGGAAUCUGUCAACCUGUACUAUGCAUAUGCCUUUGAGAAAUGCAUGCAAGAUGGUGUGUUUGCUCCGACAAAGACCAGUCUCGGCACAUUUGCCAUGGAUUCUGUGAACUCAGACUCAUCCAAGAAUCAGCUCUACGGGUUGCAAAUGAUGCACAACUUUCUGCAAAAAGAGCCAACCAAGGCACCGCUCCUUUACAAACUCACCACUUCUCCGAAGACGAUGGCCAGAAUAAUCAGAAUGUUAGAUUGGACAAGUCCAAAGGAUGCAAUUAUCAGACUAUAUGCCGCAAAGGUCACCAGUGAGUUCGCAAAGAACCUCCGUGUUGUCGCUUUCCCUGGUACAAUGCAGAUUGUAUCUGCACUUCUUGCUGCUGAUAGCAGACCAAAAAUUGGAAAUCCACUCCUGGACACAGAUGACGAACAAGAAGAUAGCCAAGAUGAAGAGCAUGACCCGUCAAAGGAUGCAGCUGAUAACCAAUUGCAAAGACAAGACCAACUUCCGGACACCGAUAACUUGCUGCAAACACAAACAUGCCCAACCCAGCAAGUUAGCAUCAACCCACAGAACUCCAUGCUAAGAUGCUGGCAGCGGAUUUCAGAAUUCUGGUCAAUUCCAAAGGAGAUGCCUCUGACAAACAACGACCUUUUACCUGCACUGGCAAUGUCAAUUAUAGACAGUCUUGCAGGUUGUGAUCAGGACAACUGUGCGGAAAUCAGCAAAGCAGCUGACCUCAUCCAGAAGAUUGUAGAAUUCACGGGCAACAGAAGUGACGAAAUGAUCACUGAGGCACAACAAAAGAUCCUGCUACUGUCAUCAUUAAAGGUGAUGCAACGGCUCACAAGCAUUGGCGGAAAAAUCGGAAUAACAUUGCGGUAUGAGAUAGCAAAAGAUCCCUUCCUACAGAGAAACCUCAAGGAGAUCUUGGGAGACAGCAUGACCAGUCCAGAAUUCAAAAGGUUGGUGGCAGCAAUCCUCAGAAAUCUUGCUGUUGAUGGAGACACAAGGCAGGAGAUAAGUCGCAUCCAACUGAUUAUCACCAUGCUGAUGCAGACAUUUAUCAAUACAGAAGGAACCAUGAGUAACAAUGCUGGUCGCUUGCUACGAAAGGUCGCCGGGCAAGCACUUGCAAUGCUGACAAUAGAGAGUGUCCACACCUGCUUGAUUAUGUUAAAGGAACCAGAGUUCAUCAAGGAACUUAAAACCAUGAUCCUGAUCCAUGAUGACAAGUACAUGUAUGUGGCGGCAAGCCUGUUACGUAAUCUGUGCUUGCACGCUCAAUCGGAACUACGAGAAUUGGACUUGAAGGAAAUAUCUCAUACCUUGAGAGAGGUGUUGGAAAGAAUCAUGGACACAGAAAGGGCAGAACUAGAGAUCCUUGUUGGCCUUAGUUCGCAGAUAUGUAAAGUAAUUCCUGGAGACUUUACCCGAGAACUAGAUGACGGUCACACUAAACAGAGAUUUGUGAAGAGACUUGUCGUUGCACUGAUUGCAAAUAAGAAACCUAGGGCUCAUUGUCCUGGGAUCAGGAGGUUGAUACUUGAGCAAGUCAUAUUCAUGACGGAGUGCAAUUCUAACUAUGCAGACUGUUUCAACGAAUGCAGAAUGAAGGAAGCCCUAUUGAUGGUAGAACAAACACUGUCAAAGGUCGAGAAUUACAGGCUCUUCUUGGGCAACACAGGGUUCAUGGAGUACAGCAUGCCUAUAUCUGCUCUUGUGGCAAGAGCAAAAGAACUUCUGGGUUGUGACUGA